AUGUCCUCCUCCGAGCUUCAGUACAUCGUUGAACUCAGUGGCCAACACUUGCUUCCUGUGCCCAACACGGGCAAUCUCACUCCUGUUUCCCAGCGCCUACAACUCUUGAGGGACAGAGCGCAUGCGUGGCUCAAGUUUGAUAUCCACUCUUUCAAGACGAUUACCAUGCCAGAUAUACCGUAUGAUCAGGGAACAUUUUUCACUGAUGGGCAUUUCUACUUCUGGGACGAUAUUCGAAAUUCGGCCACGAUCAUUCCAAUGCUCUCAAAGCCCUCGCAACAAACCAUUGAGCGCAACUGGUCUCCGGGAACGUUGUGUACAGUUCCCCACUCGGGCAAGCUCGAAGUGUUCAUGGACCCGGUACAAAACCUGAUUGCCGUGGUGUAUAUGGGUCAUGACGAGCCUGAGACGCUCUAUAUUGACCUCAGAGCGCUGGAUAGUGAUCGUGAUCACCCCCUAGCUGCUGGACGGACGCUUUUUCUGUCUGAGGUACCCAAAUACAACGACAACGACGACAUUAGAACAAUAACAACGACACUCAAAGGUUGUGGGAGGUACAUCGCGUUUCAGCAUUUUUGUAUGCUUUCAGUCGAAGAUGAGGAUAAAGGAAAUUUCUGCGAGUAUGUGUCGCAGCUACAGAUUUGGGACUGGCAACACUCAACGACAUCUAAAAGUGUCCUCAGUGACAUAAUAUGUUACUCACUUAUGAACCCAACCGAUUUUUGUUUUCUCGAAGACAAUAGGUUGCUGGUUGUCAUCGGGAAUUUGAGGCUCUAUUCAAUCGAAGAUAUGUCACGGGCGCCGCAAUUACUGGCGUGCUUCCUGAUGCCCCUCACACUGUCGAAUGUGCAGUGCCUCUUUUCGAUGGAUGAUCUUGAAUGUAGCGCACAGCUGCAGAUGCAAGCACGACAAACGGCGUACACCUCAGACCCUACAAAUCAAAUACUAUGCCUUAUCGCGUCUGGUCUAGUCUUCGUCAUUUCCACGAGAGUCUUCUUCGACCUUGAUGGAUAGAAGUUGCAAUACCAGUACCAUGGAAUCAUUGGGGUCCUUCAAACACACGUGUUCUGGAGCACCCAGAUCCACGUCGACGCAAAAUUCACGUUCGCGGGAAUCGACUUUUGCAGUCGUUUAAAGUCCAUGCAGGUCCCAAUAC